UGAUGCAGCCCAGUGUUCUGUUCGUGUUUCCGGUUUUCUUUUCUGUGCUUGCAUACAUCUUUGUCAAAACCAUGAAAUAGUGUUAAAAGAUACAGAGAAUUGCUUUGGGUCACUUCCCCAUCCAUGAAUGAGUAUAGAGUCAUGCCUUAUGAAAAAAUAUGAACGAACUGUAGUGCUUUUAUCAUCAACAAUGAUGUCUAGAUUAAAGUAAUUCUUGUUCAGGGAGGACUUUGAAAUCUCCUGGAAGUUGAAAAUCUGUAAUUCAGUACACUCCCGCUAUUGACAUUUGGAGCAUCGGGUGCAUCUUUGCGGAGGUGUUGAUGGGAAAGCCAUUGUUUCCCGGGAAAAGCAUCGUGCAUCAGUUAGAGCUGAUUACUGAUCUUCUCGGCACACCGUCACUAGACACCAUUUCCGGAGUCCGGAAUGAGAAGGCAAGAAAAUACUUGACCGGAAUGAGGAAGAAAAAUCCAAUUCCCUUCUCGCAGAAAUUUUCCAAUGCGGAUCCUUUAGCACUUCGGCUAAUGCAGAGGUUGUUAGCUUUUGAUCCAAAGGAUAGGCCAACUGCUGCAGAGGCGCUGUCUGAUCCUUACUUCAAGGGCCUUGCUAAGGUUGAAAGAGAACCUUCCUGUCAGCCGAUCUCGAAGCUGGAAUUUGAAUUCGAGAGACGGAGAUUAACAAAGGAUGACAUUAGGGAACUAAUCUACAGGGAGAUACUAGAAUACCAUCCUCAGUUGCUUAAGGAUUAUAUGAACGGAUCUGAGGGCUCGAACUUUGUUUAUCCGAGUGCCAUAGGACAUCUUAGAAAGCAGUUUGCAUACCUCGAGGAGAACAGCGGCAGAAGUGGACCUGUAAUUCCUCUAGAAAGAAAGCAUGUAUCACUUCCCAGGUCGACAGUUCAUUCCAGCUUAGUCCAUUCCAACUUCAAUGUGUCCGAUAGCCGACGUGGUUCUGAAGAGGCAUCUAGAAAUGGAGUGGCUCCGUCGACUUCCGCAAAUCCAGCCAAGUCUCUCGGGCCUCCACCGAGAGCGCCAUCGGGUAGACCAGGUCGUGUGGUGGAAUCAUCGGUACCUCGCGAAAACGGGAGAAUCCUUGAAGAGGCCUGUGAUUCGAGGAGCUAUUACAGAAACACAGUCCUCCUCCCUCCUCAGACCGCUUCGCCUCACUGCUUCUUCCGAACAAAUCCGAUAAACCCAGAGAAGCAGCCGAAACCGCAAUACCUCCCGCAAUGCCAACCUAACAAACCGGCUCCUCCUAACGUGAUCCCCGUCGACAUGAACCCUAACCCGUAUUUCCAGCCGCAAUCCAAGACAGAUCAGUUAACCGACGGCCAAAUGGCAAUGGAUGCUAAGCUGCUGCAGGCACAUUCCCAGUACGGUGCGGUAGGAGCUGCGGCUGUUGCGGUAGCGUCACAUCGGAGCAUUGGUACGAUUAGGUAUGGCUCUUCUUAAGAUCAGAGAUUCGGAUUUUCGCAUGCUCUUCUUCUGGUUAGUAUUUUAUGUAAGUAUUUGAUUCAGGAAGACGAUGAUGACAAUAAAUAUUCCCAGUUGUAUAACCCCUCUUCAUUCAAGAUUGUUAAGAGGAGAGAGCCUCCUCGCCGUCUGUAUUCAGUGAUUCUUUCCAGUGAUUUCUUCUCUGAUCUUUUCUUCUC